AUGCUUCGAUUAGUGUGCGCUUCUCGUCCGAUCUCUCGUAGUGGAUUCCGUCCUCGAUUGCCUCUCGCUUCAGCACUAGAUAAGGCUUAUUCCACACAAGCGAAGGCCUUCUACUACCAGGACUUACUUGAACUUGAGAAGCCUCCGUACGCUGGUACUCAAUUCAAGAAGCUAACAAGUGAUUAUGUAAAGUCUACCAACGUUAACGGCAAAAAAGUCCUUGAGGUUGAUGGGAAAGGUCUCACGGUUAUAGCUGAGCAGGCAAUGAUCGACAUUGCUCAUCUUUUGCGGCCUUCGCACUUGCAAUCCUUAUCCAACAUACUAAAAGAUCCGGAAGCCUCCAAUAACGACCGAUUUGUUGCAUUGGAACUUCUUAAGAAUGCCAAUAUCGCGGCUAGCAUGAUUUUACCUAGUUGUCAAGAUACUGGUACUGCAAUCAUCAUGGGCAAGAAGGGUCAAUAUGUUUGGACUAAUGAAGAUGAUGGUGCCGCUCUGUCAAGGGGCGUUUUCAACACUUAUACGCUUCAUAACCUUCGAUACUCUCAGGUUGCCCCCUUGGAUAUGUUUACCGAGAAGAACACAGGCACUAAUUUACCUGCCCAAAUUGAAAUAUAUUCCACCCCGGGAAGUGAGUACAGUUUCUUAUUCAUGGCCAAGGGUGGUGGAUCAGCCAACAAGUCCUUUCUAUUCCAACAAACAAAGGCCGUGUUGAACGAAAAGAGCCUUUAUGAAUUUGUCACAGAAAAGAUGAAGACUCUCGGGACUGCCGCGUGCCCACCUUAUCAUUUAGCCGUUGUAAUUGGAGGCACUUCUGCCGAAUUCAACUUGAAAACAGUGAAAUUGGCAUCUGCACGCUAUCUUGAUCAUCUUCCAACAUGCGGAAACGAAUACGGUCGAGGAUUUCGCGACCUGGAGGCGGAGCAACGCAUUACAGAGAUCUCUCAGAAGCUGGGAAUUGGGGCUCAAUUUGGCGGAAAGUACUUCUGCCAUGACGUUCGAGUCAUCCGUUUGCCACGACACGGUGCCUCCUGUCCUGUUGGGAUUGGCGUCUCGUGUUCUGCUGAUCGACAGUGUUAUGGUAAGAUUACAGAAGAAGGUAUCUUCUUGGAGCAGCUAGAGAUUGACCCUGCUAAAUACCUUCCUGAUCCGUCUGCCACCCAGCUGUCAAGAGAUGCUGUUAACAUCGACCUGAACAAACCAAUGUCAGAGGUUCUCGCUGCUCUCACAAAGCACCCUGUCAAGACCCGUCUUAAUCUCACUGGUACUCUUGUUGUUGCUCGUGAUAUUGCUCACGCCAAGAUUAAGGAGCGGCUAGAUGCGGGUCAACCAAUGCCUGACUACCUCCGUAAUCAUCCAGUCUAUUACGCCGGUCCAGCCAAGACACCUGGGGGUUACGCCAGCGGCUCCUUUGGUCCAACUACGGCGGGUCGAAUGGAUAGUUAUGUCGAUCUCUUUCAAAGCCACGGAGGUAGUAUGAUAAUGCUUGCCAAGGGCAAUCGUUCUAAGGACGUUACCAACGCUUGCAAGAAGCAUGGUGGUUUCUAUCUUGGCUCGAUAGGUGGUCCCGCUGCUAUUCUGGCUCAAAACUGCAUUAAGAAGGUCGAAACCCUUGAGUAUCCAGAACUCGGUAUGGAAGCAAUUUUUCGUGUUGAAGUAGAAAACUUCCCAGCUUUCAUUGUUGUUGACGACAAGGGCAAUGACUUCUUUGAGGAGUUUAAAUUGUAG